UCGGUUGGGGGCCGCCUUGUUCGUGCGCAGCCACCCGUCUGCCAUGUACCGGGACUGUUAGAAGCUGCGCGGCCCCAUCCAUGCAGAGCCCUCGGUAUCACGCCAUGCCAGGGGGACGGUAUCCGCUGUGCUUGUAAUAUCAUGCACCGUCAGACGGACACCGUGUUGGCAUACUGACACCGGGCUGCCAUGCCGGCCAAACCGUGUGUGUCUGUACAUACUGAGUGUCUAUCCAUACCGUGUGUGACCGUGCCCGCUGUGUGUGUGUGACAGACUGUGCCUGCUCUCUCUCUCCUCCCCCCUCCUCUUCACUCUCACACUUCCUCCCUCCUCCUAUCCCCCGCCUCCUCCACCCUGGCUCCACAGCCACUCGCCGCCGCCUCCUCCAAACAACACGGCGUUCCUACAUCAACCGACAACAUGGAGGCCGUCAAAACCUUUAACAGCGAGGGUCGACAUCAGGGUAUAGAAGUGUCCCUAUAUCGAUCUAGUCAGUUAUACUCGCUAAAUGAUUAUAAGCCACCUAUUUCCAAAGCUAAAAUGACACAGAUCACAAAGUCUGCAAUCAAAGCUUUAAAGUUUUACAAGCAUGUUGUCCAGAGUGUGGAGAAGUUCAUCCAAAAGUGUAAACCAGAAUAUAAAGUUCCUGGGUUGUAUGUCAUUGAUUCCAUUGUUCGUCAGUCCAGGCAUCAGUUUGGUCAAGAUAAAGAUGUGUUUGCCCCCCGCUUCAGCCAAAACAUCAUUAACACUUUCCAGAAUUUGUAUCGCUGUCCUGCAGAUGACAAGAGCAAAAUUGUAAGAGUACUAAACCUGUGGCAAAAAAAUAAUGUGUUCAAGAGUGAAAUUAUUCAGCCUCUCCUUGACAUGGCUGCUGGGAUUCCUCCACCUGUUGUCACCCCAAAUCUACCUAGUACUGCAGCUGCGGUCAGCAACACACCAGGUACUCCAGCUACGCCAGUAACUCCAGCUAACAUAGUUCAGGGUAUACCAGACCCAUGGAUUGCUCAAAUAGCCAGUACAGAUACACUUGCUGCUGUGGCACAGAUUUUGCAAAGUCCUCAGGGACAGCAGCUUCAGCAUCUGGUCCAAUCUUUGCACGUUCAGCAGCAGAAGCCCCAGCCUUCUCUUCUUCAAGCGUUAGACGCUGGUCUAGUUGUUCAGCUUCAGGCACUUACAGCUCAACUCACAGCAGCAGCCUCCUCAUCAAACACGUUAAAUCCACUGGAGCAGAGCAUGUCUCUCAGCAAGAAACUAAUGGACAGGUUUGAUUUUGGAGAUGAUUCUAGCCAGCCUGAAGAGUCAAACAAGGAGACCCAACAGAUACCUCGAGUAUCUGAGUCCAUGAACAACUCGCUAUUCCAUCAACUUGCAGAACAUUUGCAACAACAAAAUCUUGAACAUCUUCGCCAACAGUUUAUGGAGCAACAUACUCCAAAGAUGCCAGCCAAGGAAAAUCAGGAUAUGUCUGAAUCUGAAAACUCUGCUACACCUUCUCAAGAUGAUAGCCAGCAGACCUUUCUAGAUCAAGAAUCACAAAUCCAUGCUUCUAUGAACAUGCAACAAGAGGAUAUGGAUAUUGAGGAAAUGCAAGAUGUAACUGAAGAGAUGUUUGAGAAAGAGGAAAAGAAGAUAAUGAAAGAUGAAAGACCCAGGACACGUUCAAAAUCUCGUUCAAGAUCCCCAAGAAAAAGGCGGUCAAGGUCACGCUCUGGCUCCAGGAAACGUAAACACAGAAAACGUUCUCGGUCAAGAUCUCGGGAAAGAAAACGGAAGACAUCCCGGUCAUACUCAAGUGAGAGACGAGCAAGAGAGAGGGAGAAAGAGCGGCAGAAAAAAGGCCUACCUCCCAUAAGAUCCAAAACGUUGAGUGUAUGCAGUACUACACUGUGGGUUGGUCAGGUUGACAAAAAAGCCACUCAACAAGAUUUGACCAAUGUUUUUGAGGAGUUUGGACAGAUUGAAUCAAUCAAUAUGAUUCCCCCAAGAGGAUGUGCAUAUGUCUGCAUGGUUCACAGGCAAGAUGCCUUUCGGGCUCUUCAGAAGCUUAGUGCUGGCUCCUGCAAGAUUGGAUCUAAAAUAAUUAAGAUUGCUUGGGCCUUAAAUAAAGGUGUAAAACAAGAAUACAAACAGUUCUGGGAUGUUGAUCUUGGAGUCACCUAUAUUCCAUGGGAGAAACUCAAGCUGGAUGAUCUAGAUGACUUUGCAGAAGGUGGAAUGAUUGACCAAGAGACUGUCAAUAAUGAUUGGGAAACUCAGAAAAACCCUGAGCCUCCCACAGUCAAAGAACCAGCUCCUAAUCCCACAGUAACAACCACUGCAACGGUGCAGAGUUCUGCUAUUCCGAAAAAUACAGUUAUAACAACUCAACAAGAGGCCUACAGUCAGUCAGUUGCAAUGCUUCAGAUCCCAGUUGCUGCCACUGUCCCUGCUGUAAGCUUAGUGCCCCCAGCAUUUCCUGUCUCUAUGUCAGUGCCUCCACCAGGUUUUUCUGCAAUCCCACCACCUCCAUUUUUACGGACAGGUUUCAACCCUUCCCAACCACCACCAGGUUUUAUUCCGCCUCCUGUACCACCUCCUGCAAUUCCCCCUCCUCCUCCUACUAUUAGCUCAGCUAUUACAACAGCUCUAGUUCACCAACGAAUCCCCAUACCACCAGAUGCCAUGAAGGAGGUUUCGUAUGGAAGUAUGAUGUUACCGGUUAGUUCAGUUGUAACUACUCAGACUACUCCAGCAGUGUCUACACCAUCUAUUUUCAAUCCUGUUUCAAGUAACCAAGGAGAGCAAGAGGAAAAAAGAUCAUUUCCUGGUGAAACACAAGUGCCAGAAAGUACAUCUACAAACCAUUCUCAAAGUACCGUGGUUAGCAGCACUGGGAUCCUGGGUGUGCAACAUCCUUCUCCUGUUACAGCGCAUAUUCCUCAUUUAAACAUUCAUGGUCGAGUUCCAAGCAUGCCUUUUUUGGAUAUUCGUCCAGGGAUUUUGCAACAACCACCUACAGCAAGAUUUGCUAUGUUACAACCUGGAUUGCCUCCACCACCUCCUCCAAGAAGCAUCCUUCCUCCAACAUUGAUUGAUCCCUCAGUCCAUCCAUUGCCUUUUCCACCAGGUGACAUUUUUACCCACCCUGAAAGACCUUAUGGUGUCCAAGGGAGACCAGGCACAGAUACAGUUAAUAUACAAGAAAAAAAUAUACCUGUUCCCAAUGACCACAUUCGGCAAGACGGAGAUCAGGAUUAUCGUUUUCCACGAAUAGAAAAACAUGAGAAUCCUGGUCAGACAUCAACAGGUGAACACGGUAGUGGAAGAAUGCCAGCUGGAGGUAGCCAGGAUAAUCAAGGCGUUAAUUCAGCAGAGCAGUCUGAUGUUGGACAUAAAGGGGAUAAUCACGAACUACAGGAUAUGGCCGUUGUAGAUCCUUGUGAGGGUCAGGAAAAACUUAUUGCAGACUCUUUGGGUCACAUGUCCUCCGAUGAAUCCCUUGAGAGUGAAAGGAAACAUGAAAUGGAUACUUUAGACAAAAGCAGAGGCCCUGGUCUUCAUGCAUAUGAUAAUAUGGGAACAAAUUCCUCAGAUAGUCAUGACAGUCAAUUAAGACCGCCUGUGGAUGUACGGCCGCAGUUUGGAGGUCCUCCAGUAGAUAUGUUACCACCUUUUGGGAGGCAUCUAUUUGAAGGCAGGGAGUUUUUCGGAAGACCACCUUUGGAGGGAAGGGAUCACUUUGGCAGGCCAUCUAUAGAUGUACGAGAUCAUUUUGUGAGGCCCCCAAUGGAGAGUAGGGAUCAUUAUGGACGACCUCCAUUAGAGGAUAGGAGUCAUUUUGGAAGGCCACCCAUUGAUGGUAGAGAACAUUUUGGAAGACCACCUCAAGAUAUAAGGGAUGACCACGGAAGGCAGCCUCCAGAUGUUGGUAGUAGAAGAGAGCACUUCAAUUUUCCCCCAGAUAAACCUUGGGGACAUAGAGGUGAUUUUGAUGAAAGACAGCAUCACUUUUUUCCUGGGUUUGGAGGGCCUAAAGGCUUUCAUGAUGAAAGAUUUCGCCAUGGAAACCACAGGCCAGAACUGAGAAAUGUUCCUAAUUGGAACAGGGGGUUUGAACAAGAUGGACAUAGGGAUUUUGAUGACCGACGAAGACCUUGGGACAGACAGAGGGAUAGAGAUGAUCGAGAUUUUGGGUUCCGUAGGGAAGUCAAUGGCAACCGUUUUGGAAGAGAGAGAACACCAAACUGGGUACCUCCUCAGCCUCAUGUUUUUGAAUAUUUCCCUGAGGAAACUUCUGUUCCACAGAAAGAUGACAGUGCUCCUCAGGUUAAUGGUGAAAGUCCUGAAAACAGCAGUGAGCAACAAACUGUUAAAAAGUCAAUUGAAACUGAACUUUCUGAAAAGCAAGAGUCUCCAGUCAAGGUGAACGAGGAGAAAGAUGUCAAGGAACCUGAAAUAGAAUGUCAACCAGUGGUUGAAAGCACAGAAACUGAGGGAACAUAAUCAUCACUCAGUAGGUAAAGAUACCUUUUGUAAAGUUGUCAUCUCUCUAAUAGAAUAAUGGCUGACUGGACCUUAGUAGUUUGCUUUUUAUCAGCCAGAAUUAAGUUAAUCACCUUUCACUUAAAUAACUGUACAACUGACUUGUAUAGACUUCUCUUACUCUGAAAAUUGUAGGUAGAGAGAUUUUUUUUUCCCCAUUAGGAAUCCGCAAAACAUUGCCCCACUUGCUUUUAACCAAAUCUUUAAAUGUCCAUAAAAGAGACUUCCUAUGGAAGAACACAACAAUUUUUAAUGCUGCCGAUGCGUUGGAUCUGGUUGCAUUUCAGGCUGCUUAUGACUUUUAAGUUUAGAAAAGAUGUGAAUAUUUCAAGGUUCCUUCAAAUUGGCUUAAAAAUAUUACUGCCUGUCUGUGCAGAUUGCAGUACUAAGAUAAAAAAAAACACAAAUAUUUUGUAAAAUUGACCUCACAAUCCCUGUAAUAAUCAAAAGUUAAGUGUCUGUGAUUUAUUUCUUGUACUGCAGUGAGUAAAACAACGAAAAACCUGAAAAAGUAUGUUUAAAUGUUGGGUGCAUUUUGUUUUUAGAUCCUAAUAAAACAUUUGUUUGAUAACAGUGUGCCAGGUAUUGUAUUUUUUUUUUUACUUGCCAUGUUGUUAAAAAGUGGGUUUCACAUGAGCAUGUUUAUACAUAUAGAACAUUGCUUAAAUCAUUUAUAAAGGACAGUCCUUAUAUUUCUCAUAG